UUUAAUGGCGCCCAUCCAUGGAGGAAGAGGGGCGAGCGGGAGGAGCGGUGGAUUCUCCCAGCGAUGGCGCCUGGCUGCGCAGCAAUCUCCAGUGCAAGCGGCCAUGGCAGGAGCUGAGCGGUUCGCUUGGCGACCUGGGGACGUUCAUCCCGAUCGUCAUCGCUCUAGCUCUCGUCAAUGGUGUGGAUCUUGGUACGUCUCUCAUCGCCACGGGCAUCUACAACAUCCUCACCGGCGUGCUCUUUGGCGUGCCGAUGCCCGUCCAGCCCAUGAAAUCCAUCGCCGCGGUGGCCAUCACCGAAUCCAAGCACCUCACUGUGGAUCAGAUCAUGGCGGCGGGGAUCACCGUGUCCGCGAUCGUGUUUGGGCUUGGAAUCACGGGCUUGAUCCGGGUCGUCGCGUGGAUCGUUCCAUUGCCGGUGGUUCGUGGGAUCCAGCUCGCGCAGGGGCUCUCUUUCGCGGUCAAGGCCGUCAAGUACGUGAUGAAGGAUCAAAAUCUCUCCAGCGACAAGGCAAAGGGUGAUCGCCCAUGGCUGGGCUUGGAUGGGAUUCUCCUGGCAGUGAUUUGCUUCGCAUUCAUCGUGCUGGUGAAUGGAUCCGGCGAGGGAUUCGAGUACUUUGUGACGAACGGUGAUGGUGGUGGUCGUCAUCACGACGAUCGUGAAGAACAUCGUGAGGAACAUCAAGAGAGAUCGUCAAAGCUCGUGAGGUUUUUCCGGAGGAUCCCGACUGCCUUGGCAGUGUUCGUGCUCGGGAUCAUCCUGGCGUUCGUGAGGAGGCCACACAUUCUCAAGGAGCUUCACUUUGGCCCCGCCACGCCCCGGAUCGCUCGAAUCUCUUCGCAUGACUGGAAGACUGGAUUUGUGAGAGCUGCGAUACCGCAGCUCCCUCUCACCAUCCUCAACUCGGUGGUGGCGGUUUGCAAGCUCUCGAGCGAUCUCUUCCCGGCCAAGAAGGACGCCGUGUCUCCGACCAAGGUCUCGGUGAGCGUGGGGCUCAUGAACUUAGUGGGCUGCUGGUUUGGAGCUCUCCCGGUUUGCCAUGGCGCUGGAGGACUGGCCGGGCAGUAUCGUUUCGGAGCCACGAGUGGGGUGGCGGUGGCCAUGCUGGGUGUUGCCAAGCUUGUGCUGGGACUUCUCCUGGGGAGCUCGCUGGUGAGAAUUCUCCAAGCUUUUCCAGUGGGACUGCUGGGGAUCUUACUGCUCUUCUCCGGGGUGGAGCUGGCGAUGGCGUGCCGGGAUCAAACUAGCAGGAAAGACUCGUUUGUGAUGCUCAGCUGCGUCGCCAUCUCGCAAGGAUCCAAUCUCGCGGUGGGAUGUGUUUGUGCCAUCCUCUUGUACGCGCUGCUCCAGGCGAGAGAGAUGGAUUGUUGGGCGAUUGCAAACUCUUGGUCGCGAGGUUCCUCGAAGUAGAUCGAUUGGUUCCAUUGAAAUAAAGCUUCGAUUUGUUUGAGAA